CUGUUUCAGUACUGUAAUUUAUGCUGCUUAAGUGUUUGUCCGAGGCUAGCAGCUGAUGAGCGCAAGAGGGACGAAUUGGCGGAAUGUCAGGUUGUCGAGUUGGUACGAUCGGAGCUUUUGCUGCACUCCUCCUGCCUCCCCCCUGCUACGGUUCAGCGACUUAUCGCCAUACUGAACCGAGGUUCAAUCAGUCAGCUGGAUCCCACGGACGUUUUGGCUUCAGACUCGCAUGCGCAGCGAGUUGAGCUGGCUCGUACUUGCUUCGACGCCCUGCUCUCAACGUCAAACGAAGGAAAUGGACGACUUGGGAACGUGGCUAUUGCAAGUUUACUGCAGAGGUGUUCUCAGGUUAUGAACGAUUUUGUCCGAGAUUGGAAUGGAAUUGGUGAUUUACGGUUACCACGAGGUCGUAUUACUGAAAUCACUUCUGCUUUGCAAGCUGUCGAUUCCCUCAUUGGACGUCUAGCCAGGGAACCGUCUCAGUCCGAGUUGUACUCUCAACUGGUGUCGCUAUAUCCAAGCGUCGUCGAUGUGGUAGGCUGUACUCGAUCAGAUCCUCUACUGGAAUCGCAGCUCAUCGCUACGCUAAAAUCUUACCAAACCCUGCUCCUACUGCAGGCGGUUCCAAAACUUCUGAAUAAGGAAAGCUAG